UUGAUUUGUGCGGAAUUUUUUUGUUUUGCGUGGUUCUUCUACGCAUAACUCGGUCGAGGUUAGGGCUUCGAAUCGCUUCUUGGCGAAGCGGCGAUGGAGCCUCGAGUGGGGAACAAGUUCCAGCUGGGUAGGAAGAUCGGUGGUGGCUCCUUCGGAGAGAUCUAUCUUGGUACUAACAUACAUACAGAUGAAGAGGUCGCCGUCAAGCUCGAGAACAUCAAAACAAAGCAACCUCAAUUGCUAAAUGAAUCAAAAUUGUAUCGGAUCCUUCAAGGAGGAACUGGGAUUCCUAACGUAAGAUGGUUUGGCGUCGAGGGAGAGCACAAUGUACUUGUGAUGGAUUUGCUCGGACCCAGCCUUGAAGAUCUAUUCAACUUCUGUAGUAGAAGGCUCUCCUUGAAGACGGUUCUGAUGCUUGCGGAUCAAAUGAUCAAUCGUGUCGAGUUUGUUCACUCCAAGUCAUUUCUGCACCGAGAUGUCAAGCCAGACAAUUUCGUGAUGGGCUUGGGGAGACGUGCCAAUCUGGUGUACGUUAUUGACUUUGGUCUGGCCAAGAAAUACAGGGACAGCUCGACCCAUCAACACAUCACUCGCAGGGAGAACGUAAAUUUGACCGGAACCGCAAGAUAUGCAAGCGUGAACACUCAUCUUGGCAUCGAGCAAAGCCGGAGGGAUGAUCUAGAGUCUCUUGGGUACCUUCUUAUGUAUUUUCUAAGAGGGAGUCUCCCUUGGCAGGCAUUGAAAGCAGGAACCAAGAAACAAAGGCAUGAGAAAAUUGGUGCGAAAAAGGUUUCUACCUCGAUUGAGGCUUUGUGUCGUGGCUAUCCGGCGGAAUUCGCAUCAUAUUUUCAUUACUGCCGUUCGCUGCAAUUUGAUGAUAAGCCAAAUUAUUCUCACUUAAAGAGACUAUUCCGGGACCUCUUCAUCCGCGAAGGUUUCCAAUUUGAUUAUGUCUUUGAUUGGACUAUACUGAAAUGUGGUGAUAAUUAA